AUGCUAGCCUGUUUGCAGAGGACCCAGAACCCACCAGGCCAGCACCUGGCCUGCCCGAGCAAGAGCCUGGAGCUGCGCAAGUGCGAGCCAGCCGCCAGCUCCAUGCAUUCCUCCCGCUACCCGAGCCCGGCCGAGCUGGAUGCGUAUGCUGAGAAGGUGGCCAACAGCCCACUCUCUAUCAAGAUCUUCCCCACCAACAUCCGGGUACCCCAGCACAAGCACCUUAGCCGUACUGUCAACGGUUAUGACACCAGCGGCCAGCGCUACAGCCCCUACCCACAGCACGCCAGUGGCUACCAGGGCCUGCUGGCCAUCGUCAAAGCUGCUGUCUCCUCCUCCAGCGUGGCUGCUCCCACUGGGCCUGCCAAGAGUGUGCUCAAGAGCGCUGAGGGCAAGAGGACCAAGCUGUCGCCGGCCGCUGUGCAGGUGGGCAUUGCACCCUACCCGGCACCCAGCACUCUGGGGCCCUUGGCCUACCCCAAGCCACCUGAGGCACCUGCCCCGCUGGCUGGCCUGCCCGCAGCCGUCACUGCCGCCUCCGUCAUCCCCCUGCCUGGCCGUGGCCUGCCCCUCCCGCCUUCCAACCUCCCUUCUAUCCACAGCAUCCUCUACCAGCUCAACCAGCAGUGCCAGGCCCCAGGCGCUGCACCUGCAGCUUGCCAGGGUGUGGCCAUCCCCCAGCCUAGCCCAGCUAAGCACGGUCCAGUGCCCAGCUUCCCCAGCAUGGCCUACUCGGCGGCUGCUGGGCUGCCUGACUGCCGGAAAGGGACUGAGCUGGGCCCUGGAACCACACCGGCCUUGACGUUGGCCGGGGCCACCAAGCCUGCAGGGUACUCAGACGGUGGCCUGGAUUACUUGCUGUGGCCGCAGAAGCCGCCCCCACCACCGCCCCAGUCACUGCGUGCCUAUAGUGGUGGCACGGUGGCCAGCAAGUCCCCUGAGGCAUGCGGGGGGCGGGCCUAUGAGCGGGUCAGUGGGUCGCCCCUCAACUGUGGCAUUGGACUGCCUGCCAACUUCACCGUGGGCCAGUACUUUGCAGCCCCCUGGAACAGUGUGCUGGUGACCCCCACCAGCGACUGCUAUAAUCCAACGGCAACGGUGACUGUGACGGAGCUAGGGCCGGGGGUGGCACGGGCACUGGCAGGGCCCCCCGUGGACACCCUCCCAGGCCUGCCCAGUCGGAGCAUGUGCAACACUUCGGUGCUGAGCAGCAGCCUGCAGUCCUUGGAGUACCUCAUUAAUGACAUCCGGCCACCCUGCAUCAAGGAGCAGAUGCUGGGCAAGGGCUAUGAGACGGUGGCCGUGCCCCGGCUGCUCGACCACCAGCAUGCCCACAUACGCCUGCCCGUCUACAGAUAA